CACAUUCAGGAAAUAUGCAGCGUAAUAACAAACCAACGAGGAAAAAAAGUCAACCAUGUCCAUCAUCAUCAGAUAUAAAAUUACCCAAAAUUGCAAAAAUUACGAUGCCAGAAGACUUUAAAAUUAAAACUCAACCAUUAUUUUCUUUACCACAAGAAGUCCUCAAGCUACCUCCACCACCAUCAAAGCGAACUUUAGCACAAGCAAAAGUAGCUCCUAAGAAAAGAUCUUCUGUUAUGCAAACUUAUACAGCUAUGCGGAAAGCAAGGGAAGAAUUCAGAACAAAACUAAUGAAUUUGAUCUGCCAACCUGCAGCUGAGGGUGAUACGGUUGAUGAUAUUCCUAACACUGAAGAAAAAAAUAUGCUGCGCUAUUACUAUUACCUACGUUAUGGUAUUGAUACAAUUCACGUCGCGCCAUUAGAUAAUAAAAUAAUACUGAGGGUCCAUAAUCUGAUAUCAUUAAAGUUGAAAAAAUGGAAAGAAACAUUGUUGAAUUGCACAGAUGAAAUGAGGGAAGAUUUUAUGAUGAGCAUGAAAAAAGCGAUUGUCGAUUUUGUCCUCAAAGAUCCUAAUACGGAAGAAUCAUUGGAAGAGGAAGAUACUCCUCUAAAACAAGAGUUGUCGUUGAAAGAUGAUGCUUGGAGACACCGGUAUGUGGUGGCGCGGCGUUUUCUGGAGAGGAACCUGCACAGCAUCAACCCUUGCAUUGCUCAAGUGCUGCAGAUAUGGUGGAAGCAAUUCAAUGACUUGAGAUUGAUAAGCAUGAAGGACAUCAUGACGACUCAUGCUGCAUAUGAGCUGACUGACUUCACGUUUGUCUGCAAGAGACACAUCGAGGCGGCCGGCAAUGUGCUCACUAUGCAGUGGAUACCCACACUACAGGCUGUUUUCCUACAGGGUCAUAAAAAGAAAAUGAUUCCUGAGCCUAAGCAAGCCUCUAAAAUGAAACACUUUUACAACUGCCUUGCCAGCAUCAUGACUUUCAAUCUGCAGACUUUGUGUCUUAAAUCCAUGGCAGAGUUUACAGAAUACAUUUUGGAUGUUGGGGGCAUGAACCAAGGGUUCAUAGUCAAUGUAGUGUUUGCAAAUGAGACAAUAGAAUUUGAGCCAUCAUUCAAACAGUUUAAGGACCAGAUUUGUUUGCUGUAUGAGUUCCUGAAAGAUGCUUGCAGGCAGACACCGCGGCUGGAAACCAUCCUGUAUCAAGACUUUGUAGCACCCAGCAGGACAUUGUUGCGGCCAAUAAUAGAUCAUGACCUAGUGGAUGACUACAAAAAGCAGCUGGCUGACCUCAUCAGUGAGCAGAGGAUCGGCCCCGAGCUCCGGCUGCAGGACUUUGAUGAAUAUGUCUGUCUACUAAAUGGACAGUCCCUGGAGGAAGUAGAAGGAUUCAUAAAAAGUGACCCAGAGAAGACAUUCGAAGAAUACUGCCAAGAGGCAGUGAAAUAUGUGGACUUAACGAGAGAGAUACCAUCAAACCUCGAAGGUACGGUCGUGAUUGGCAUGUUCCAAAUGCAUCGCGGCGACCUGAUUGGUACGCUCCGUUCAGCAGCCUCGCGAUUGGCCAAUCUAUUGUUGAGGAGGAUGACUGAAGAUUACCAGAAUACGAUAAAGGCCAUAUACGACGAGUAUGCAGCAAUAGCAAAUACUCUUUUGACGCCGCCAGCGGAUACCGCAGCCCUUAUGGAGCUUAUUAUCUAUUGCAAGAAGGUCGAAGAUGUCUUACUGGAAGAGAUGGAAGGGAAACUGCGUGACGUGCUCAGAUAUAUCAUUUUCCUGGCUGACUACACCAUCUUCACGCCUUUGGAGAUGAAAGCUAAUAAUCAGACCUUCCAUUGGUACUCUCGAAUGCCGGGUGUUAUUGAAGAAUGUAAAGUAGUUUGUGAACAAAAGAGACUAGAAUACCAGGAACUAUUGAAGAUCCGUAUAGCCAAGUUUAUAGAAGAACUAGACCUUAUGGAGGAGCAGGUGAACGAACUGCAGUACUGGGGCGAUAUCAACGAGCUGCCCAAAUACGUCUCUCGCGCACGUCGACUGGAUGAAAAGUUAUCCGCGGCGCUAGCGAAGAUAGAUCAGUUCAACGAAGAAGAGACUGCGUUUGAUUAUGAGUUGUCUCAGUACCCGAAACGAAAGCAGAUCUUUGAUCGACUCGCCCCGUAUAAGAAAUUGUAUGACGCGUCAAAUGAUUUCAUAGAGAAACAUAGCACUUGGAUGAACUCUAAGGUUGGUAGUCACGACCCUGAGGAAAUAGAAGGCGACGUCCAAUAUUACUACAAGAUCGUUUACAAGCUGGAGAAGGCUUUCCAGGACACUCCCGAGACGCAUCGGCUGGCCGAGUCUGUCAGAACAAAGAUAGACGAGUUCAAGACGCACAUGCCGAUAGUGCAGACGCUGGGCAACCCCGGCAUGAAGCCGCGCCACUGGGAGAAGAUCUCCGACAUCGUCGGCUUCCCCAUACUGGUCGAUGACGAUCUUACGCUGGCUAAGGUGAUCGACUUUAACCUGGUGGACUACAUAGACAAGUUCGAGGGCAUCUCGGAGGCGGCCACCAAGGAGAACAACCUCGAGAAGAGCCUCGACAAGAUGAUGAAGGAGUGGGCCGACCUCAAGUUUGAGAUACUGCCUUACAAAGACACGGGCAGCUAUAUCCUGUCGAGCGUGGACGAGAUCCAGCUGUUGCUCGACGACCACAUCGUCAAGACCCAGACCAUGAAAAACUCACCGUACAUCAAGCCGUUUGAGGAGAUCAUUAUUGACUGGGAAGGCAAGCUGGUCCUGCUACAAGAGAUCCUGGACGAGUGGCUGAAGGUGCAGGCCACGUGGAUGUACCUGGAGCCCAUAUUCACCUCGCCGGACAUACAGCAGCAGAUACCGGAGGAGGGACGGAGGUUCAGCGCUGUUGAUAAGAUGUGGCGCGAAAUAAUGAAGGCCGCAUUCGCGGAGCCCCGAGUGCUCGACGUGAUCACCAUAGAGAAGAUGCUGGACCGGCUGAAGAAGUCCAACAAUCUGCUGGAGAUGGUCCAGCGAGGAUUGAACGCGUACCUGGAGAAGAAGAGACUGUUCUUCCCGAGGUUCUUCUUCCUGUCGAAUGAUGAGCUGCUCGAGAUACUGUCGGAGACCAAGGAUCCUACGCGAGUACAACCGCACCUGAAGAAGUGCUUCGAGGGUAUCGCCAAGCUGAACUUCACGGAGGACCUGGUGGUGACGCACAUGCGGUCGUCGGAGGGCGAGGUGGUCCCGCUCACCAUCACCAUAAAUACUGCCGCUGCUAGGGGACAGGUGGAGAAAUGGUUGGUGGAACUCGAACGGUCCAUGAAGGAGUCAGUGCACCGCGCCGUGGCCGACUCGCACGCCGACUACACGCGCGGGCUGAGGGAGGCCUGGGUGCUCAAGUGGCCGGGGCAGACGGUGCUCUGCAUAGCAAUGACAUACUGGACGCUAGAAGUGACCCUGGCCAUCCACAGCGGCGCGGCGGCCAUGCGCGCCUACUGGGACACCUGCAACCAGCAGAUAUCCAAGAUCGUCAGCCUGGUCCGAGGGGAGCUUAGUCUGCAGAACAGAAUUACUCUUGGGGCGCUGGUGGUGCUGGACGUGCACGCGCGCGAUGUUCUGAUGGUCCUGAUGGAUCUCAAGGUCACUCAGGACAACGAUUUCAACUGGCUCUCGCAGAUACGGUACUAUUGGGAGGAACAAGACGACGAGGAGAAGUCCAUGCAACUGGCCACCCGCAUGAUCAACUCUCAGCUGAUGUACGGCUACGAGUACCUCGGCAACACGGGCCGGCUCGUCAUCACGCCACUGACUGACCGUUGCUAUAGGACGCUGUUCGGCGCACUGCAUCUCAACCUGGGUGGCGCCCCGGAGGGCCCGGCCGGCACGGGCAAGACGGAGACCACGAAGGACCUGGCGAAGGCCGUCGCCAAGCAGUGCGUCGUCUUCAACUGCUCCGACGGACUCGAUUAUAUCGCGCUCGGGAAAUUCUUCAAGGGCUUAGCCUCCUGCGGCGCCUGGUCGUGCUUCGACGAGUUCAACCGCAUAGACCUCGAAGUCCUCUCGGUGGUCGCGCAGCAGAUCCUGUCCAUCCAGCGCGGCAUCAACUCCGGGUCUACAGAACUCAUGUUCGAGGGAACCCUGCUGCAGUUGGACAAGACUUGCGCGGUGUUUAUUACGAUGAACCCUGGGUAUGCGGGGCGGUCGGAGCUGCCUGAUAAUUUGAAGGCUCUAUUCCGUUCCGUGGCGAUGAUGGUCCCCGACUACGUGCUGAUAUCGGAGAUCGAGCUGUACGCGUCGGGCUACCUCAACGCGAAGCCGCUCGCCGUCAAGAUCGUGGCCACCUACAAGCUGUGCUCGGAGCAGCUGUCCAGCCAGAGCCAUUAUGAUUAUGGUAUGCGAGCGGUAAAGUCGGUUCUACGCGCGGCGGCGGCUCUCAAGCUUAGAUACCCUGCCGAGGAUGAAGACGUGAUCCUGCUGCGCUCCAUCAAGGACGUCAACCUGCCCAAGUUCCUGGAGCACGAUGUGCCUCUGUUUAUGGGUAUCAUCAGUGACUUGUUCCCUGGGCUGCCGCUGCCGUUGGCUGGCCUCGAAGACCUGGUUGAGUGCCUCAAAGAAGUGGCAGUGACGAUGAACUUGCAGUGCAAUGACUUCUUCAUUGAAAAGGUGCUCCAACUGUACGAGAUGAUCCUGGUGCGGCACGGGCUCAUGCUGGUGGGGCUGCCCUUCUCCGGGAAGACCAAGUGCUACCAGGCGCUGGGAGCCGCCCUUGGCUGCGUCGCCGAAAAGGGACUGAUGCCAGAGAACCCGGCGGAGUGGAUAGUGAUCAACCCGAAGUCCAUCACAAUGGGCCAGCUAUACGGACAGUUUGACCCGGUGUCGCACGAGUGGUCCGACGGCAUUUUGGCCGUUAGCUACCGGGCAUUUGCCGUGUCGACAAAUGAUAAUAGAAAAUGGCUAGUAUUCGACGGCCCGGUAGACGCGAUAUGGAUCGAGAAUCUCAACACGGUGUUGGACGACAACAAGAAGCUGUGCCUCAUGAGCGGGGAGAUCAUCCAGCUGGCGCCCACCACCAACCUCGUCUUCGAGCCUAUGGACCUGGAGGCCGCUUCUCCCGCUACGGUAUCCCGUUGUGGCAUGAUCUACUUAGAGCCGAAGGGUCUCGGAUGGAAAGUCCUUCUAGAAUCAUGGCUGAACACCCUACCUGCUACUCUGCACACCGUCAACAAGACUCUCAUACGCAACUUGUUCAACCGAUUCUUAUCACCGCUGCUAUGGCUCGUCGAGAACAGUGGACAAGUCAAGCAAAUGUACGUGACGUCUCGAACGAAUUUGGUGGUCUCGUGUAUGAGACUUUUUGAUACAUUCAUGGACGACUUUCACGAUGAAAAGUAUGUGGAGUCCAUCUCGGAUCUUGAUGUUAGAGCGCAGCUUGAGGGUACGUUUUUCUUCGCCUGCAUCUGGUCUAUCGGAGCUACUCUAGACGCCGCUGGCAGGCCCAAAUUUGAUAUGCUAUUCCGCGGGUUAUUGGAGAGAGAAUUCCCGGAAAAAAUCAAAGAAGCUUUGAGUUUACCGAAAGAGAUCGCCAAGCCAGAGAAACCGUAUAUCUUCAGUAUUCCUAAAGAUGGUCUCGUAUUUGACUAUCGAUAUAUCAAAGAGGGCAAAGGCAAAUGGAAGCUCUGGCAAGACGACGUGAUCUCUGCGCCCCCGAUCAGCCGCGACACCCCGCCCAACCAGAUCCUGGUGACGACCCUCGACAGUGUGAGGUUCCUGUCGCUCUUCAGGAUGCUCAUCACGCACCAUCUGCCCGUCAUGAUGGUCGGGCCGACCGGGACUGGGAAGUCUUCGUAUAUUAUAGACUUCUUAGUAAAGAGAGUGGAUACAAAAGUGUACAAAGCAUUGAUAAUGGGGUUCUCGGCUCAGACAAAUUGCAAUCAGACGCAAGACAUUAUUAUGGGAAAGCUUGAUAAGAGGCGUAAAGGUGUAUACGGCCCACCAAUAGGGUGCUACAGUGUAGUAUUCGUAGAUGACGUCAGCAUGCCUCAAGCAGAAACGUACGGCGCUCAACCCCCAAUAGAAGUGCUCAGGCAGGGCAUAGAUUUGGGACUCUGGUACGAUAGAAAGACCAACAUGGCAUUGCAUCUGCUUGACGUGCAGUUUAUGUGUGCAAUGAGUAAACCUACUCCGGGCGCGAAGCUCGUGACUCCGAGGUUCUCGCGGCACUUCUCAUUCUUCUGCAUCGAUGAAUUUGAUGAGGAGACUCUGCAGGUCAUCUUCAACAGGAUCAUGCUGUGGCAUCUUGAUACCAGAGGGUUCUCCAAAGACUUCGACCCAUGCAUAGAGGAAAUAGUGCAAGGCACUCUUGAAGUAUACAAGCAAUGCCGACUGAACCUGCUGCCGACCCCGUCCAAGUCACAUUACACUUUCAACCUGAGGGACUUCUCCAGAGUCAUUCUUGGAGUCCUGCUCUCAGUGCCAGAAGUGACCCCAGACCUACAAUCCAUGAAGCGUCUCUGGAUCCACGAAUGCCUGCGCGUGUUCAGCGACCGACUGGUGGCGGUCGAGGACCGGCGCUGGCUCGCGGCGUGUCUGCGCGGCGCCACCGCCACGCACCUCCAUGAUGACUUCGACGUGCUAUUGGCUAGGCUGACGGACCAGCCCGGACAUAAGUGGCUGCGCGUGUUCAGCUCGCGGCUGGUGGCGGGCGAGGACCGGCGCUGGCUCGCGGCGUGUCUGCGCGGCGCCACCGCCACGCGCCUGCACAUAGACUUCGACGUGCUGCUGGCGAGGCUGACGGACCAGCCCGGACAUAAGAUCGACGAGCAAGACCUGCGCAAGCUCAUCUACUGCGACUUCGCGAACCCGAAGGCGGACAGCCGCUUCUACAUGGAGACCACGAACAUGGAACACCUCAGCUCCACCGUGGAGGCCUUCCUCGUCGAGUUCAACAACAUGUCCAAGAAGCCGAUGAACCUUGUGCUGUUUACAUUCGCCAUCGAGCACGUGUCCCGCAUCUGCCGUAUACUAGCUCAGCCGCGCUCGCACGGUCUGCUGGUGGGGCUCGGCGGCUCCGGCCGACAGAGUCUGACCAGGCUCGCGGCGCACAUCAACGAGUAUGACCUGCUGCAGGUGGAAAUGAGUCGUACGUACGGUAAGGCAGAAUGGCGCGAGGAUCUGAAGACAUUGCUCAAGAAGUCGAGCACUCCGGACCUUCACAUGGUCUUCUUAUUUAUCGAGUCACAGAUCAAAGAGGAAGGGUUCCUCGAGGAUGUCAACAACAUGCUGAACUCGGGGGAAGUCCCCAACAUAUUCAAUGCGGAUGAAAAAGCGGAAAUCCAGGAGAAGAUGCGAGUGGUGGAUCGCCAAAGAGACAAGUCUCUCCAAACCGACGGCAGCCCCACGGCCCUGCACGCGUACUUCGUGUCCAUAGUGCGGGACCAGCUGCACAUCGUGCUGGCGAUGUCGCCCGCCGGCUCCUCGCUGCGCACGCGCAUACGCAAGUUCCCCGCGCUCGUCAACUGCUGCACCAUCGACUGGUUCCAGGAAUGGCCGCCAGACGCCCUGCUAGCGGUAGCGACGCGUUUCCUAAAGGACAUCGAGCUGUCGGAUCUGGAGCGCGACACCGCCAUCAAGCUGUGCCAGGUGUUCCACACCGACACGCAGGAGCUCACCCGGGACUUCCUUAUCAGAUUGAAGCGAUACAACUACGUGACACCCACUGCAUAUCUCGAGCUGAUCAACAUGUUCAAAACUCUCCUAACUAGAAAACGCACCGAGCUACUAUCCGGCGAGAAGCGUUACCUGACCGGUCUGGACCAGCUGGCCAUCGCUUCCACCUCAGUAGCCGCCCUACAACAAGCCCUGGAAAUCCUUCAGCCGAAGUUGGCUGCGGGCGCGGCGGCCGUGGCGGAGACCACGGCUAAGGUUGAGAAGGAGAAGGAAGGAGUUGCGUUGGUGGAGGCCGACGUGUUGAAGGAUCAGGAGGCUGCGUCUGCGCAGGCAGCAGAAGCGCAAGGCAUCAAAGAUGAGUGUGACGCGGACCUGUCUGAAGCGCUACCUAUACUGGAGUCAGCGCUGGCCGCGUUGGAUACACUGACACCGCAGGACAUCACCUUCAUCAAGACCAUGAAGAGUCCACCGAGGGGAAUCAGGCUGGUCAUGGAGGCUAUCUGCAUUCUUAAGGACGUGAAACCAGACAAGCUACCGAACCCAUCAGGCGUGGGCACGAUCGAGGAUUACUGGGGUCCGUCGAAGAAGAUACUAAACGACAUCAAGUUCCUGGAGUCCCUACAGAACUAUGACAAGGACAACAUUCCGCCGGCCAUCAUGAAGAAACUGCAGGCGACGGUGAUGCAAGAUGAGGGUUUUGUGCCGGAGAAGAUACGAACCGUGUCUGUAGCUGCUGAAGGCAUGUGCAAGUGGGUGAUUGCGAUGACGAAGUACGACAAGGUGGCGAAGAUAGUGGCGCCCAAGAAGCAGCGGCUGGCGGCGGCGCAGGCUGUUUAUGACAAGGCCAUGGCCGCACUGGCCGUCAAACAGGCGCAGUUGCAGGAGGUCCAACAAAAACUGGCAAAGCUCGAAGACGCGCUAGCCGAGCAGAGUCGGCAACAGAAGCUUCUAGAUGACGAGGUGGCGGACUGCAGCAACAAGCUGGCGCGCGCCAAGAUGCUCAUCUCCGGCCUCGGCGGGGAGAAGACCAGGUGGACGCAGGUCGCCAAGGACCUGCGGGAGACCUACAACACGCUCACUGGGGAUAUCCUGAUAGCAUCAGGAAUUAUUGCCUAUUUGGGACCCUUUACUGCCACCUUCAGAGGACAACAGAUAACGGCAUGGGCCCGCGCCUGCCACGACUGCGGUCUGGUCUGCACGCUCGACUACAGCCUCAUCAAGACUCUGGGCGAGCCCGUCACCAUCCAGCAGUGGAACAUCGACGGACUGCCCUCGGACGACUUUAGUGUUAACAGCGCUAUUAUUAUCAGGACGGCCCGCCGCUGGCCUCUCAUGAUCGACCCGCAAGGCCAGGCCAACCGCUGGAUCAAGAACAUGGAGAAGCCGAACAACCUGUGCGUGGUGCGCAUGACGCAGGCCGACCUCGGCCGCGUGCUCGAGAACGCCGUGCAGUUCGGACAGCCGGUGCUCUUGGAGAAUAUUCUAGAAGAAUUAGACCCGAUGUUGGAGCCUCUGCUGCAACAACAGACUUUCCGUCACGGAGGCGCACUGUGCAUCAAGAUUGGCGACAGUAUCGUAGAAUACAACAAGGAGUUCAGACUCUACAUCAGCACGAAGCUAUCCAACCCUCACUACCUCCCAGAAGUAGGGGUGCGCGUGACACUAGUCAACUUCAUGCUGGCCAGAGACGGUCUUCAAGCACAGCUCCUAACCCGAGUGGUCGCCAGAGAGAGGCCAGAUCUUCAACAAGCCAAGGCAGACCUGACCACGCAGGGGGCCGAGCAUAGGAGACUGCUGCAGGAGAUAGAGAAGAAGAUACUGAAUGUGCUGUCCACGUCGGAACAGCUGUUGGAAGAUGAGGAGGCCGUUCAGAUACUGAACUCAGCCAAAGACACAGCAAAUGAAAUCAAGGAGAAACAAGAGGUGGCGACGGUCACUGAGAAGGCUAUCGACGUGGCUAGAAACGACUACCUGCCUAUUGCCGAACACUCUACUAACUUGUUCUUCCUUAUAGCGUCACUAGCGAAAAUCGACCCCAUGUACCAGUACUCUCUCGGCUGGUUCGAGAAUCUGUUCACAUCUGCCAUAGACAAUACGGAGAAGGUGGAUAAUAUCCCGCAACGACUGCAGGGUCUGCGCACGCAGUUCACCCUGUCACUGUACUCGAAUAUCUGCAGGAGCUUGUUUGAAAAGGACAAGCUAGUAUUCUCCCUCCUACUGACAAUAACGAUCCAAGCGGCUGCGAAGGCGGUGAAACAGACGCAUGUUCUGUUCCUACUAGCUGGAGGCGCCGCCAGAAAUGUCCCUCCGUGCCCCACCACGCUGCUCUCGCAACAGAACUGGGCUGAGCUGCACGGACUGGAUGAAAUACCAGAGUUUCAAGGGAUAGCAGCACAUUUCACGAAGAAUUUGGCAGUCUGGGAGAAAUAUUGUGAUCUUCCCGACCCACACAACCAUCCACUACCUGAACCGUGGAACAAGAAACUUAGCGCGUUUGAAGUGCUGCUAGUUUUGCGUUGUAUUCGGAUGGACAUGAUAGUGCCUGCGGUACAAAAUUAUGUGGAAGGGGUGCUGGGUCGUCAGUUCGUGGAGCCUCCCCUGUUCGACCUGGCGUCGUCGUACGCAGACUCGCACUGCUGCAUCCCGCUGCUGUUCGUGCUCACCCCCGGGGCUGACCCCAUGGGGACCUUGUUGAAGUUUGCUGAUGAUCAGGGUUUCGGCGCAUCCCGUCUGUUCUCCCUCUCGCUCGGGCAAGGCCAGGGCCCGAUCGCGGUGAAGCUGAUCGAGGAGGGCGUGAAGAGCGGCACGUGGGUCGUGCUGCAGAACUGCCACCUCGCGCGCAGCUGGAUGCCCAUGCUCGAGAAGAUAUGUGAGGGUCUACUACCGGAAACCACGCACCCGGACUUCCGUCUGUGGCUGACGUCGUACCCAGCCGACCACUUCCCCGUGUACGUGCUGCAGAAUGGGGUCAAGAUGACCAACGAGCCUCCGCAAGGUCUCCGCGCCAACAUCUCCCGCUCGUACCACAGCGACCCCAUCAACGACCCCGAGUGGUUCGAGGGCAACAAGCAGUCGGAGAACUUCAAGAAGCUUCUAUUCGCCCUCUGCUUCUUCCACGCCGUGGUGCAGGAGCGGCGGCAGUUCGGCCCGCUCGGCUGGAACAUCAGAUACGAGUUCAACGAGACGGAUCUGAAGAUUAGUGUCACGCAACUGUACAUGUUCUUGAAUGAGUAUGAUGACGUACAAUUUGUGGCGCUCCGCUACCUGACGGGCGAGUGCAACUACGGCGGGCGCGUGACGGACGACUGGGACCGCCGCUGCCUGCUCACUAUACUGAACAAGUUCUACAGCCCGCGCACUGUCGCCGCCGACAAGUACAAGCUGGACCCGACAGGCGUAUACUACAUCCCGACUCUACGCGAGCACAGUGACUUCGUCGCCUACGCGCGCUCGCUGCCCGCGCUCACGCCGCCCGCCGUGUUCGGCUUCCAUCCCAACGCGGACAUCACCAAGCACUUCCGCGAGGCUGAUGAGUUGCUGGACACGGCUGUGCUUACACAGGAUCGAACGGAUUUGCUGAAGGAGUAUUUGGACAAGCUAACAUCAGGCAGCUCAGGCGCGACCCCUGAGCAGGAAGCCAUGGCGAUAUCCGAGGACAUCCUCACCCGCCUACCGCCAGCCAUCCUGCAGGGACCCUCGCACGAAGGGAACAUCAAGCCGGCGGACAUGACCCCCAUGUCCAUAGUGGUGAUACAGGAGGCGGCGAGGUAUGACAGGCUGGUGACGGUUGUGAGGAGCAGCUGUCGCGCUGUCAUUGGUGCUGUGCAAGGUGUGAGCGUGCUAAACGAGCAGACAGAAGAAGUCCUCACGAGCAUGGUGCGCGGGCGCGUGCCGGCGCUGUGGGCCGCGCGCAGCUACCCGUCGCUGAAGCCGCUCGCAGCAUACGUGGCCGACCUGCUGGCCAGGCUGCAGUUCCUACAGCACUGGCACAGCACCGGCCCUCCCGUGGUGUUCUGGCUGUCGGGGUUCUACUUCCCGCAGGCGUUCCUCACGGCGGCGCAGCAGAGCUACGCGCGCGCCCACCGCAUACCCAUCGACCAACUCGCCUUCCAUUAUGAGGUACAGUCGCAGCCGGACUUCUCUUCGCCGCCGGCGGAGGGCGUGUACAUCCGGGGGCUCAGCAUGGAGGGCGCGCGCUGGAACCGCCAGGCGAAGAUCGUCGACGAGUCCAUGCCGAAGGUCUUGUACGACGAUUUCCCCAUUGUAUGGUUGAUACCCCUCAAGACAGUGGACAUACCGACGGACGUGUUCUACAACUGUCCGCUGUACAAGACGGGCGACCGGCGCGGCGUGCUGUCCACCACGGGGCACUCUACCAACUACAUCCUCUUCAUGCGGCUGCCGACGCGGGAGCCGCCCGACCACUGGGUCAUGAGAGGCGUCGCGCUACUAACGCAGCUACCGUUUUAGAAGGAUUUUUGGAGUCAAGGUUAGAAGCCUUAAACUUCUUGUGGGUCCGAAGGACCAGAUUUGGUUGACGAACGAGUGUUUGUUAGGCUGUAGGUACCUACUUCGUUUCGGACAAUAGUGAAUAAAUAUUCGAAAAGCGACUCGGACGCUGUAUUCUAAAUCACGACACAUUGUUGGUCCUUCAUUGGAUUAGGCGGAUACGUGCAAGAUAUGAAUACGCCCGCCUCGGCCGGGGCAGGCCGAUAGUGCAUAUUCGAUUAGGGAAAUAUGCAUGUCCCGCGCACAGUAAUUAACGAGGCAUUGAAUGUCGGGCGCCGCCUGCAAUCAGAGCCUGGCUUGAUGUAUUGUUCUCACAUUUGGACAAAACCUUGUUAGUGAUAUGAAUGUUGGUGCUGAAUUUAAAUUUUUACGGUUAUGUUUCCCAAAGUUCUGUUUUUCGAAACAGACGAUAUAAUCAUAAUUUUAACGACACUAAAAAGCGGAAAAAUUCUCACAUAAGUACUUUUAAGAAAGUCUUGCAAAAAUUUGGAGCCGAGAGAUUUGAGAUAACGACAUUUUAUGCCCAUUUGGCACAAGGUCAAACACUCUUACUUUUGCGCAAUCUCUUUAGAAAUUCUGCAACUACGGAAUUUUAUGGCCCAUUUUACACGAAUUUGAGCACUUGAGCAUUCCUAACAUGUUCAACUAAGUUAACUUUCUUAAUUGUAUAAGGCACAUGGAGAUUAAUUUAAUUGAUUCAUGAUUUGAUUGUUUUGAAAUUCAAAAUUAUGGAGGUAUGUUAAAUUCCCAUUUAAAUACCACACAUGUACCUAUGUGAAAAAUUUCGCUGCCUCUACAUUAUUAUAAAAUACAUCACGGUCGUGUUUGCUUUGGGCGGCUCGGUGUAAAGUGUGCGCUCGCAACUUGGUCACAAUUUUCCGCCUCGAGCUACAAAUCCGGACGUGAUCAAUUAUAAAACCCAUUUGGUUCGUUUGUGCUCUCUUCACUCGCCGCGGGCUGUUUUAAUCAAUCCAUUAUUGUGACGCUGACCGAUCCCGCCCCGCCUCGCUAUUUACAUACUCAUUCAACACACUCGAUUUGGUUAUUCGGGCAUUAUGUGUUUCCUAUUUAAGUAAUCCAAUCCGAUGAGCAAAGUAAACUUUCUUAAGCCAUCUCGUUAUGAACGACAGAAAUAAAAACCUAAAAUCAUUUUAUUCCACAUAAUACUUAGUGACCUACAAUUCCACCAACGCGACGUGUUUCUUAACCCCAUAUUCCGCCGUCAUAUUUCAAAGCGUCGCUAAAAAUAUUCGCUCGAAGUCACGAUCACAAUGGCAAGAGCAAGAGUGAGGUUUAUAUAUUUAAAAUGUAAAGCACCUGCCUCACGUAAGUCCCCUCGCUUUACCCUUCUGGCGUUGGGUAUCACCCCCCUCCCGUAAGCCGCUGGAGCCUGCCCUAAUCACUCAUCCCAAAUUGGACUUGCUACAUUGCGAGCCGUCGCGUUUUGAUAUGUCAUUCAUUAUUGUCUGAUUCGAACAAAUUAGGAUUAUGCUAUUUGAACUGUGUUUGUAAUUUGAGCACUUUUUAAUAAUGGUGAAGUAUUUUAAAGGUAAGUACUUAAGUAAUUUAUUUGAUUUCUGUUUCGAUAGUCUAUUGAAUUUUGAAAUUGUGUCGAAUAGUUCGUUGUUUUAAUAUAAGUAUUGUUAAUUUGUGUUGUUUUCAUUG